AUGUCUCAAAAUCAAAAGUCAUCCAACAACAAUCUGGUGAAUAUCGAUGAUCAGGAAUAUGUCAUUCCUUAUUUAGUAACACGUAAAGUGUUGAAUCAAGAUGAAUUGGGAGAAGUUUCGGGUUAUAUUAGAGAGAAGCAAACGACGAAGGAGAACAUCAAAGAAGAAAUUCGUAACUUUAAAGUAAGAAAUGCCGUUCUUGAUUUUUGCCCAGUUCUGCGAUGGCUGCCACAAUAUCAAAUACACAAAAGUCUGAUGAACGAUAUCAUUGCUGGCAUCACAGUUGCAAUCAUGCACAUACCACAAGGCAUGGCUUAUGGAUUACUUGCCGGCGUCGACCCCAUAGUUGGACUUUACAUGGCAUUCUUUCCAACUUUAAUUUAUUUUCUUUUCGGCACUUCACGGCACAUUUCAACAGGAACAUUCGCUGUUGUAUCUUUGAUGACAUCAAAAAUUGUUACCACGUAUUCCGAUCCUAAUCACGGUACAAUAAAUCCAAUUAAUUCAACUUUGAUUCAUCCACAAAAUAAUGUUGUUAGCUAUUCCUAUACACCUUCUGAAGUAGCAACAGCAGUGACAAUGAUGACUGGAUUUUAUCAACUUAUCAUGUGCGUCUUACGUCUUGGCACACUCUCGUCACUUUUAUCUGAAGCACUUGUGAAUGGAUUUACAACAGCAGCUGCAAUUCAUGUAAUGGUUUCACAAUUGAAAGAUCUGUUAGGUGUUAAAGUUCCACGACAUAAAGGCGCAUUUAAAAUAAUUCUCUCACUUCGUGACAUUUUCAUGAAUAUUUCUGAAGCGAAUCUCAAUGCGGUUUAUGUUUCAAUUGCUGGCAUCAUUUUUAUGGUGAUUAUGAAUGAAUUCAUUAAACCGUGGGCAUCAAAACGCUGCAAAUUUCCGGUUCCUUCGGAAUUAAUUGCUGUUUGUGGCUUUACAUUUAUUUCUUAUAUUUUGAAACUUGGAGUUGAUUACGGUGUGAAACAAGUUGGUGAAAUACCUACUGGGCUUCCACAUCCUGAAAUGCCACCAUUUGAAUUAUUAAGACUUGUUGCUGUUGAUUCGAUUGCUGUGACAAUUGUUUCUUAUUCAAUCGUCAUGUCAAUGGCAUUAAUUUUCGCUAGGAAAGAACAAUAUGAAGUGAGAGCGAAUCAGGAACUUCUAGCAAUGGGAUUAUCAAAUAUUUUUGGAUCAUUUUUCUUAUGCAUUCCACUUGCAUGUUCUUUAUCAAGAUCGUUAAUUCAACAUCAAGCUGGCGGAAAGACACAAUUUGCUUCUGUUGUAUCAGCUGGGUUGAUUUUAAUUGUUCUUCUUUGGAUUGGACCAUUAUUUGAGACACUCCCACGCGCAACUUUAGCUGCAAUUAUUAUAGUUGCACUUAAAGGAAUGGUCAUGCAAGUAAAAGGUUUGAAAAGAUUCAAACGCGAAGGUGUUUUGGAAAUGACUGUCUGGCUUGCAACGUUCAUCGCUGUUGUCAUUAUCGACAUUGACAUUGGACUUCUUAUUGGUGUUCUGGUUUCUCUCUUUGCACUUUAUCUUAAAGGAUGGAAAAGUUAUUCGUGUCUUCUCGGACAACUUCACAACACUGACAUUUAUAUUGAUAUGAAAACACAUCAAGAAGUUAAACAAGUUCCAAACAUUAAAAUCUUUCAUUAUUGUGGAUCAAUUAACUUUGCAAGUCGUGCUGGCUUCAAGAAGGAUUUAUUCAAUGCUAUUGGAAUUGAUCAUCGAACAAUUCGUCGAGCUUCAUUGUGUGAAACACUUUCAGAAGCGCGCUGUUUUGGACAAGAUAUGAGAACAUUGAUUAUUGACUUGUCAGCUGUUGCACAUCUUGAUAAUGCUGGAUUUCUUCUUUGGAUUGGACCAUUAUUUGAGACACUCCCACGCGCAACUUUAGCUGCAAUUAUUAUAGUUGCACUUAAAGGAAUGGUCAUGCAAGUAAAAGGUUUGAAAAGAUUCAAACGCGAAGGUGUUUUGGAAAUGACUGUCUGGCUUGCAACGUUCAUCGCUGUUGUCAUUAUCGACAUUGACAUUGGACUUCUUAUUGGUGUUCUGGUUUCUCUCUUUGCACUUUAUCUUAAAGGAUGGAAAAGUUAUUCGUGUCUUCUCGGACAACUUCACAACACUGACAUUUAUAUUGAUAUGAAAACACAUCAAGAAGUUAAACAAAUUCCAAACAUUAAAAUCUUUCAUUAUUGUGGAUCAAUUAACUUUGCAAGUCGUGCUGGCUUCAAGAAGGAUUUAUUCAAUGCUAUUGGAAUUGAUCAUCGAACAAUUCGUCGAGCUUCAUUGUGUGAAACACUUUCAGAAGCGCGCUGUUUUGGACAAGAUAUGAGAACAUUGAUUAUUGACUUGUCAGCUGUUGCACAUCUUGAUAAUGCUGGAUGUAAAACAUUUUCUGAAAUUAAAAAUGAGUUAAAGCUUUUGGAUGUCAAAUUAUAUCUCGCACAUCCAAGUGAUUGCGUCUAUGAUUCGCUCAUUCAUGCUUCACAAUUGGGUGAACCAAACUUUGAUUGUUUCGCGACUGUUCACGAUGCUGUGCUUUAUGCUCAAGGAAAGCCUCUGAUUGUAGCCGAAUUAUAAAUCCCAGGACAAUAAAUGUUUAUACACAUUUGUGAUGAUAGAUUAGGAAAAUUCUUACAUACAUACAUAUAUGUAGAUGUCGUUAAUAGAGAAAGUUUACUUUUAUUUUCUACAAAAUGUUAUAUAUAAUUAAUCAAGCAGAUGAUCGAAUAAUCGAACAAUAAAGUGAAGUUACUUUAAAUGACAAAUAGGCAAAUAGAGUUAUAGAAUUUAUUGAUUAAAUGAAAACUUGCUCAGCUGCAAGUGUCUCAGUGAAAGGUUUCACAAUGAUUGAUGUUGUAAAGCAGAAGAAUAAUCCAA